AUGGCUUGUCCGUUCUGUAGCAUAGCAUCCAAUUACCCACCAUCCUCUUCUCUCGCCAACCCAGACCUUACCACUCCAUCCGCAUUUGUAGUCCUCAGCACACCUCUCUGCAUGGCAUUUCUCGAUAUCAUGCCACUUUCCCCAGGACAUUUACUCGUCACCACCCGUAAACAUAACGAGAAGCUAUCGGACGUGAGUGCAGAAGAAGCGCGAGAAUUGGGUGAAUGGCUUCCGAGACUAUCUCGAAUCUUAGCCAAGGUCACCGGUGUGUGGGACUGGAAUAUCGUCCAAAACAACGGAGCUGCUGCAGCGCAAGUCGUACCGCAUGUACAUUUUCAUAUUAUCCCGAGACCGGGACUAACUCCCGAGUUACGCAAUCGAUCUUUUACGAUGUUUGGGAGAGGGCAGAGGAGUGAAUUGGAUGAAGAGGAGGCUAAGGUACUAGCGGCAGAUUUGAGAGAGGAAUUGGGAAGAGAAAUGGAGGCGAUUGGGAAGGCCAAAAUUUAG